CCUUUUAGAGAGUGCCACUGCCAUGCAAAUGUGGCCAAUUGGUUCAAUUGUUUCCUCUAUAAACUAUUCUCAUCCUUUUAUCUCUGAACAAAAACAAAAACAAAAACACCUCUCUGCUUGCUUUUUCUGAUAAUCAACUAUAUUGUACAGUUUACAAAUUACACACUUCUUUUAGAAAGCACAAGAAACAACUAGACAUCAUGGAGGCACAACUGCACCGUCCCCAGGAUACCGGAUUACACUCUGGGGAGGGACAAGGUCAAGUUCAUGAUGAAGGUGAACAUCAUCAUAAGCAAUCAGUGUUGAAGAAGGUUAAGGCAAAGGCAAAAAAGAUCAAGGAUCAUUUAAAGCAUGGUCUUGGACAUGAGCACGGCCACGAACAUGAGCAAGAGCACCAUCGACUCCAAGGUGGGGAGGAAGAAGAAGAAGAAGAAGAAACGGAUGAUGAAGAAAUGGAGGAAGGUGCAGAAGUUCAUGGUGGGCCAUAUGCUAUUAGGAGUAAAGAUAUUAGAAAAGAGGACGUUGUGCCAAUGGCCAAUUUAGAGAAUCCAACUAGCCCAAAGGAGGAUCGUUACGAUUCUAAGAUGAAAAAUGAAGAAGUGCAUAGUCCAGUUUUGCAGAGGCAAGACGAAUUUGCGAGGCAACCUUUUACCGAGACUCAUGAGACUAAAGGCGGCACUGAUCAUCUUACUUCCCUAGGAAAACAUGAAGAUCAAGGACUGCAGGGACAUGAAAAUAUUGGAGCACCAACAGGCCUAGUGGAUCAUCAUGCUGCCCAUAGACAAGUUACUGCUCCCGAGACUCAUGAGGCUAAAGGCUUUGAUCAUGGUAUUUCCCUUGGAGAACAAGGUCAUCAAGGA